AGCUCUCGAACCAGCCGCCACCACCAGUCCACCACACCUCUCUCAAAAACGAACACAAAAACUAGAAAAAAAAAUAGGAAAAAGAGAGAAAUGUGGAACCUCUUUUUACUAUAAAUUGCUUCGGAGAUCCGAUCCUUUCGAUCGCCGGAUUAUCCUCCUCGAUAAUCCGUGAUCCCUUCAAUCCUACCGGGAAAAAAGAACCUUCUUAGGGUUUUCCGUCGAGAGAGAAGGACUUCGAAGAGUUUUUCAGUGUGUUUUUGUGUUUUUUUUCUGGUUUUCGAUGGCUUCGGAGGAUGUGAAGACUAGCGAAUCGGCGGUUUCGACGAUCGUUAAUUUAGCCGAGGAAGCGAAGCUUGCGAGAGAGGGCGUCAAGGCACCUAGCUAUGCUAUUCUUAGCAUCUGCAAGUCUCUCGUUGCCGGCGGCGUGGCCGGUGGACUGUCACGAACUGCCGUUGCUCCUUUGGAACGUUUAAAGAUUUUACUUCAGGUUCAGAAUCCACAUAGUAUAAAAUACAACGGAACGGUUCAAGGCUUGAAGUACAUUUGGAGAACGGAAGGUUUUCGUGGAUUAUUCAAGGGCAAUGGUACUAAUUGUGCACGCAUUGUUCCAAACUCUGCGGUCAAAUUCUUCAGCUAUGAGCAAGCUUCAAAGGGAAUCCUGUAUCUAUAUCAACAGCAAACUGGCAAUGAAGAUGCUCAACUCACUCCUCUUCUACGCCUUGGAGCUGGAGCAUGUGCUGGAAUAAUUGCCAUGUCUGCAACUUACCCAAUGGACAUGGUACGAGGCAGGCUUACUGUACAGACAGACAGCUCUCCUUUUCAGUACAGAGGAAUGUUCCAUGCUCUGUCAACUGUGUUGCGGCAAGAAGGCCCACGGGCAUUGUACAAGGGUUGGCUUCCUUCAGUCAUUGGAGUUAUACCAUAUGUGGGUUUGAAUUUUGCUGUGUACGAGUCUCUAAAAGAUUGGUUAAUAAAAAAUAAACAAUUCGGAUUUGCUGAGGACUCUGAGUUGAGUGUGACAACGAGGCUUGCUUGUGGGGCUGCUGCUGGAACUGUUGGGCAAACUGUUGCUUACCCUCUCGAUGUCAUCCGCAGAAGAAUGCAAAUGGUAGGAUGGAAAGAUGCUGCAUCAGUUGUCACUGGUGAUGGGAGGAAUAAGGCUCCUCUUGAGUAUACUGGCAUGAUCGAUGCAUUCAGGAAAACUGUUAGGCACGAGGGCUUUGGAGCAUUAUACAAGGGUCUGGUCCCUAAUUCUGUGAAGGUUGUACCUUCAAUAGCUAUUGCGUUCGUGACAUAUGAGGUGGUGAAAGACAUUUUAGGAGUUGAAAUCAGAAUAUCAGACUAAACCGGUACCAAUUCUACUCAAUGUUUUUAGGGAUGUGUGCUAUUUUUGUAGGUAAAGGGGAUAUAGAGUAAGAUAAACUAGGGAACAACCUUUUAACCUUUUUCUUUUCGUCUCAUCACACAAAAAUGAGUUUAGAAACUUAUACGAGCCUGCCCAUAAUUUGUUCCCAUGGUUUCCAAUGUUUUCCUUGUGAACUCUGUAGCUUUUCAGCUCCCCCAUUCAUGUUCUGUAUCAAUAAAAGACUGAACUAGCAUCAAUGCGAUUCUCGCAUUCGCCUUCCCUUCUCGAUAAAACUCGAGAAGGCAAUUUCUAAGCCAUCUCUGCUAGAUUAAUUGUGUUAUUUCUGUGGCUUAGCAAACAUUUUAUCUCUCAAUAAGUAGAUUGAUUGGGCUUAGUGUGAAGUGAAAAUUCAACUUUAUAAGUUGGUUGCAAUGGGUAAAGGUCGAGGCAUGUUGUAAUGGCAAUAACUCUGGCAUACAUUAUGUUUUUUCUUCAAUCAUCUUCGGGAUGAUGACAUCGUAGUGCUCUAUAUAUGGUUGUUUUGGCAAACUAUUUUUAAAUCUAUGAACAAUGCGUAUGGUGUUGUAUUGCUGCCA